GGUGUUGUGACGUUUGUGUUGUUGUGAUCGUGACAUAACCUAUAACCAGCUGCAUUGCUACAACUUUUCUUGCCGUCAUGUGAUUGUACCAAAAUAAAACGAAUGUAACAAAAAAAUCGUUGAAUUGAACAACGUAUAUAGAAGUUCAUUCAAGAACGCUCAACUGUAAAAUUUAUUAAACAAAUAAAUUCUUAUGUAACAUCAGACUGAAGCAUACAGGAUACUGUAACGAACGAUAUUUGCACAGAAGUUUAAACAGAAAGUGAGUGAGUUUCGGCUUUACGUAGAUUUGGCGCGAAAGGCUGAUGUUAGAACGAGCGUCAUUGAGAAAUGCAGGGAGCGAGAGCGAGGCGAGCGCGGCGCCGCCUCAUCAGUCUCUACGCGGCACGUGAACACACUGCACGGUCGCUCACGGCGGUCAAGGGCAAACUUACGCGAGCACAUUUUCCCACAAUUAUUACAUAAAUUUGUGUCGUAAGAUGUUGCCGUGGGUUCAAGUUACUCUUAUGUUAUGUGCUGUCGGCCUGCUUCGGGAGAUACGACCGUCAGAGCCCUUCGUUUCCGAGUUCCUAUUGGGAGAGUGGAGGAACAUAACUGAGGAGCAACUGAACAGAGAUGUGUACCCUGUGGGGACAUACUGCUACCUGGGACUGCUUGUUGUGGUCUUCCUCAUCACAGACUUCCUGAGAUUCAAGCCUGUCAUUGUAUUGUCUGGUUUAAGUGGUAUAGCAGUGUACGCCAUCUUGCUAUGGACAACGAGUCUGGAAUGGCUGCAGGCGUCCCAGUUCUUCUACGGUCUCUACAUGGCCACAGAAGUCGCCUACUACACUUAUAUUUACGCAAAGGUGGACCCAGCGAAGUAUCCCCGCGUAUCCUCGUACACCCGUAUCGCAGCACUGACUGGUCGGUUCCUGUCGGGCGUCAGCUCACAACUGCUCACACACUUCGGACUCAUGGACUACAGGGACCUCAACUACAUCACAUUUACAGCUCAGAUUAUGGCGACAUUCUGGGCGCUGUGGCUGCCCACCGUGCAGUACGGCAUCUACUUCCAUCGCAAGUCGUCCACUGGCAACCCGCCGUUGGACAAAGAUCUACAUCCACCUAAUGGGCAUCUACUGCGCUCCAACGUGGUAGAAGCGUCCACGCUGAUCGCCCGACACGCUCGCUCAGCUUACACCAGACCGAAAGUACUGGCGUGGUCAGCAUUGUACGCAGUAGCCCUCGCAUUGUUCGUCCAAGCUCAGAUCUACAUGCAGUUGCUAUGGAAACAGAUACAGGAGGACACUGAUUCGCCGGUGGCGUACAACGGUGCAGUGGAAGCAGUGCAAACUCUCCUAGGCGCGGGAGGUGCAUUCAUAGCGUCAAUGUACUCAUCGUCCGGAGUACCAGCGCCGGUGGCGGCCGUGCAAGGAGUCGCAGUCUUCCUGGCCACCUUCGUGAACAACGUGUUCGUGUCCUACGCCGGGUAUAUCGUGAUGGGCAUGCUGUUCCACUAUACUAUCACUUUGGCCAGUGCAAAAAUAGCGGGUCAACUAAGCGAUGAGAGCUGCUUCGGUCUGAUAUUUGGUAUCAACACCCUCAUUGGUACGGGACUGCAGUCCAUACUAACUCUAGUCCUCAUCCAAAGCCUGAAGCUGCCGAUAGCCUCCCAGUACUUCGCCAUCAGUGGCCUCUACCUUCUACUGGCUUCUACAUGGCUCCUCGGCUGGAUGAUCACCACGUGCCGCCAAAAACGAAGUAUUAACGUCGACAACCAGUAUUGAUACACAAUAUAAUCAUAUUGUAUGGAUUUAUUUACAUUAACUUUAUUUUUAAAGGCUGUCUUGCUAUGAAGCGUUACGAGAAGUAAUAACCUUUUUUAACUUUAACACAGUGCCGGCGUUAGGGGGGCGACAUGGGCCGAUGGCCCAGGGCGACAAAGUCUGGGGGCGCCAAUAAAAUGAAAAACUACUACUAACACUUGAUAUUGCUUCCCUCAAGUGGGCGCCACAAUAUUUUCGCCCGGGGUGUCAGUGGCCCUUACGCCGGCACUGCUUUAACAUAUCCCUUUUGUAUGUAGUUAAUUGUACAUAUAGUAAUGAAAAGAACGAAUUUUGAAAGUGACAUAGCUACCUCUUUCAGUGUUGUAUGCUAUUACGAAGCUCGGGGCUAUGGAGUAUAGAAUUAAGGAGAACUGUCACAUAAGUAAGUCUAUAAUGUUUUUGAAGUGAAUUUGGGUCACAAAGAAAGAAAGAGAAAAUAGAAUAGGUAUGUACGGCGAAAAAUGGUUGUUAAUUGAAGAAAAGUUGUUACUCUUGCUUCUGGAGAGUUUUGCCUCUGAUUUAACAGAUGUUUUUCAGAUACAAAAGUUAGUACUCCUAACUGUCUAUACUCCAUGGUCUUAGGCUGAUUUCCCGCGUAAAUGUUUGACAGCUAUUUUUUUUAAACUACGAGUUUUAAAGCACUUUCUGCUACAAAGUCUGUGGUUUUCUAACUGCCUACCUAAUGGACUACUUACCCAGUGAUCGGUCAACAGGAGUAAUGGUAUGUCCUUUUUAAUCUAUUACAUGUAAGAAUAUGUGUAGUUAUCAUUUGUUCAAACUUAGUGCCUUGAUACCCGGUACCUUAUCAUAAGUAGAAGAUGCAUAAGACACUCUUCCUUAUUCAUCUUUUACCACGUCAUAGAACUUUAAUAUAUUGCUGUUUUUUUUUACUCGAUUUCACGGGAUGUUACCAAAAUUGCAUAGUCUGAAAUUAUCGCAAGUGUUUUCAAUAGAUUCACUUAUUAUUAUUUAUAAUUAAUCAUUAGAAUUCGCAAAAAAAAAAUUAAACCCAGAGAGCGCGCUAGGCAAGCACCUCAAAAGCGGUCCUUAAUUUUCUUUAGCGCCGCUGUUACUAUGUCGCAGCCCAUAUCUGUAACCUAGCGCCGUAGGUACUUGCCUAAUAUGCCUUAGGGAUAAUAAAGCUCUAGGAACUAUAAAAGCGUACUUAGGUCAGGUUUACAGGGUGUAGAAUGGUUGUAAACCUCUGUAUACGCCUUCAUGUCAUGUCAGAAAUAGCAGGUGUAAUGUUAUGCACUUUAUUUAAUGUGAAUAAUUAUGUCGUGUAUAACACUUCACAUACAUACAUGUUAUUAAUAUUUAUGAUUUAUAAUCGCAUAGGUACUUACCAUUUUGAUUUGAUAAGUUAUCAAACUAAAAUAAGUUAAUUUAUUUAUUAUUCAAAGGUUCCAAUUGCAUGUAGGGUGAAUAAAGUGUGUAGUAGAAACAUCACAUUCAAUCAUUUUCAAAAUGGCUGUGAAAUGAGUUUUCCUGAUAAUCAUUUGUUGUAUUGUAUGUAUUUAAUAUUUAUAAAUGAAAUAGCAAAUGGACAUAACAUGUUAUAAAAGCUGUCAUGAAAUGAAAGCUAUGUUUAUUUGUGAAUUGGACAAAAUAGUGCAAAUAUCACUAUCAACAUAGGUUGUAGGUUCUACAAUGUCUUAUUGCACUUGUCAUAUUUAAAAUAUGUAUAAAAAAAACCUAUAACUUCUAAAUGUCUCGGGCUGGGUGUGAUAUGAAUGUGAACUUGUAUGUUUGUAACGGACCCACGACACAGGAAAAAAGAGAAAAUCCUAAAAUCAAUGUUUAAAAAAAAUAACUUAUAAAUUGCGCAAAAUUCAAUUUUGAAUAAAAUUAUGAAUCUGUUCUAGGCCAAUUAAGUUUAGUAUUUGUUGGACAGACUAGAAUAAAAAAGAUAAAAGUUAUUGAACAUUUUGGAUAUUGAUUUUAUCUGUUCAAACUCUUUGUUGAAAGCAAACUUGCUCAAGGUUUUUAAAAGUAUUUUGUACAGUUUCUAUAAAAGAUAACAAAUAAAAUUAUAUUGACACAAAUGUUUGAUGGUAGUACAGGUGUUCCGAUUACCACAUAAAACUGUAUCAUGCUUCAAUAACUUUACAUAUACAUAGAUUAUUUAAAAGUUAAUUUAUUUAUUUAACUACAAAUAAGACUAGAGAAAAUCUAAAAUUCUAAUUUUAUUUAAUGUGUAGGUAUCUAUAAUUAGUUUUUAAUCGAACAAACUUGUCACAUGUUUUUGGUGAUACACUAAGACUUUCUUUUUAUUAAUCUAAUACUUAGAUAUUAUGUAUUUUAUAUUUAGUUAUUUAUUUCAGUAAUGGUGGCUUUUUAUUAAAUUCUCAAGAUUAAUUGUGCAAAAUGUAUAUUAUAUUAUAUUGCUAUAUCUUUUAGCUCUACCCUAGGACCAAGAAAUAUAUUUUUAUUAAUCAAA